AUGAAGCUCGCCUUGUUGCUGUUGGCCUCCACGGUGGCUGCCCAGGGCCUUGCCCUCAACUUCGACAUUGUCCGUGCCAACGACCGUGCCUCCAUCGACAGAGACAGCGACCACACCCCCCGCAUGGUCAAGCGUGAUGGCCUGUUGGACAUGACUCUCACCAACCAGCAAACCUAUUACAUGGUUGACUUAGAAAUCGGCCUGAACAAAGAUAAGGUUGGCGUGUUGGUUGACACCGGCUCCUCCGACUUGUGGGUGAUGGCUGCAGAUUUGCGCUGUCUGGCACCCAGCCUGCAGCUGAAACGUGAAGCUAAAAAUGUGCUGGUGACGGUAGUGACUGUCACAGGCACCGAGAUGCCGUCCGGAUUCUCGCCAGGCGACGCACCUUUCCGUUCAGGCUCUGCAGUAGCCUCUGCAGUAGCGUCGGCAGUGGCGUCAGGCUCGCCAGGCUCCGGUUCUUCGGGCUCCGGCUCAGGAUCAGGCUCUUCAGGCUCCUCCGGCUCCAACUCCGGCUCCAACGAGUGCACCAAGCAGGGUGCCUUCAACUACGAGUCCUCUUCCUCGUUCAACGCAAACUCCUCGGCCCCCGACUUCCUCAUCCGUUAUGCAGACGGCACCUACGCUGCAGGCGAAUGGGGCCACGACGACGUCGCCUUCGCAAACGCCACCAUCAAUGACUUGUCGUUUGCAGUCGCAACCAACACCUCCUCCAACAUCGGCGUGCUCGGCAUCGGCUUGCCGGGCCUCGAGGUCACCUACUCCAAUGCAAGACGCGCAGGCGCCGCCUACCAAUACGAAAACCUCCCUGUCAAGUUGAAGAACCAGGGCAUUAUCGACAAAAACGUGUACUCGAUCUACUUGGGCAAUGCCAACGCCAAGUCUGGCUCCAUCUUGUUUGGUGCUGUGGACCACGCCAAGUACUCCGGCACUUUGACCACCGUGCCCAUCAUCAACACCCAGUCAGGCUUGGGCUUCGACUCGCCCAUCCGCAUUGAGGUGGUGGUCAACGGCAUUGCGGUCAAUGCGUCUGGCGACCAGUUCACCAUUGCAUCUGGCGGCUACGGCGCCAUCUUAGAUACGGGCUCCACAUUGUCGUACUUCCCUACUGCAUUGGCCGAACGUCUUGCAGACACUCUUGGCGCACGUUACGACCCCAGAUACGGCGCCUACCUCAUGUCAUGCACCAAUGACAUGAACAACGUUGUCACCUACACCUUCUCGGGCCAGAACAUCCUGGUGCCUGUGCCUAACUUGCAGAUCCAGCUCUCCAGAAGCAUAUGUGCGCUCGGCGUCAUGCGCUCGGGGUCUGCAGGCUACCUUCUUCUCGGUGACAACUUCUUGAGAAGCGCAUACCUCGUGUUCGAUUUGGACGACUUGGAGGUGUCGCUUGCACCUGCCAAGUACACCCUGGACACCAACAUCGAGGUCAUCAGCUCGGCUGUGCCCAGCGCCACCAAGGCUGCAGGUUACUCGUCGACCGAGUUGCGCAGCGGGCUGGUGGCCCCUGCGUCCAGAACCGCGUCGUUGAGAUCGGGUGCACCUCCCCGUUCGGGCUCGGGUUCCUCCUCGGGCUCAGGGCUGUCUGCGGCCACCAAGACCUACGCGUACAUGUUGCCAUUAUUUGUGGCUAUUGGAUUUGUUGCGUUUAUCUAG